ACCAACUCUAAUUUUUCCUGUCUGAGCCUAUAAAUAUUCCCUCAAGUGACCUCUGGUUUGCAAACAGAAUCAGAUAGAAGAAUAUGGAGAUCCCAGUGAUAGAUUUUAAUGAGCUCAAUGAUGAGAAGAGGAGCAAAACAAUGGAGCUUCUGCACCAAGCUUGUGAAAAAUGGGGCUUCUUUAAAAUUGAGAACCAUGGCAUUGACAAAGAGUUGAUGGAAAAGGUGAAGCACUUAGUAAAUAGUCACUAUGAAAAAAACUUGAAGGAACGCUUCUAUGAGUCUGAGACAGCCAAAGCCUUAGAAAACAAGGGAAACAACUCUGAUAUAGACUGGGAAAGCAGCUUCUUCAUUUGGCAUCGCCCAACUUCUAACAUUGAUGAAAUUCCAAACCUCUCUGAGGGUCUUCGCAAAGCUAUGGAUGAGUACAUAGCUCAACUGGUUAAACUAGCAGAAAAGCUGUCCGGGCUCAUGUGCGAGAAUCUUGGUUUGGAGAAGUGUUUUAUCAAGGAGGCAUUCUCAGGGAGCAAAGGUCCUUCUGUGGGGACAAAAGUAGCAAAGUACCCUCAAUGUCCUCAACCACAAGAAGUAAGAGGACUUCGAGAGCACACUGAUGCUGGAGGAAUUAUACUUUUACUCCAAGAUGACCAAGUCCCAGGUCUUGAAUUCUUCAAAGAUGGAGAAUGGGUAGAAAUUCCACCAUCCAAGAAUAACACCAUCUUUGUGAACACAGGUGACCAAGUGGAAGUGUUGAGUAAUGGAAGGUAUAAAAGUACUUUGCACCGUGUCAUGGCUAACGAAAAUGGGAGCAGACUCUCUAUUGCUACUUUUUACAAUCCUGCUGGUGAUGCCAUUAUCUCUCCAGCUCCCAAACUCUUAUAUCCGAAUCAUUUCAGUUUUCAAGAUUACCUGAAGCUCUAUGCCACCACAAAGUUUUCAGACAAGGGCCUCAGAUUCGAAUCCAUGAAGAAAAUGGCUAAUGGUCACUAUAAUGGCCUUACCUAAAGUAGCAAUGUUUAAGAAAUAUGUGUCCCUCACUUAUGGGUUUCAUUGGUCACCUUAUUAUUAUUGUUAUGUUGUCUGCUUUCUACCAUAUUUGCUUUUGUCCAGCUAGUGAAACAGUUAUGUUUUUCAAUUCUCAGUAGACUGAAUAUUUUAUGCUUA